ACCUCAAAACUCUAGCUCAGGUUGGAAGGGAUUUUCUGUUGCCUUACAAUCUAAUCCUCAGCCACACAAGGAGUUCAAAUUUUAUUUUAUGAUGUUUAUUCAUAUUUAUUAAACAUUUAGUGUUAGAAAUUCGACAUGUUUCUUGACUUGUUACUCUUAGGAAGUAAUGUUAUUCAUAUCAUUCAUAAAAUCGCAUGCUGAAUACAUUUUAAUAUACUUCAUGGCAUUUCAAGUUUCAAGAUCAUGGCAUGGUAUGUUAAUGUUUCAGUAAUUUUGUUCAGUUGCUUCUUUUAAAUAUUAUUUUUACAAAGUGUCUUACUGAAGAAACUUGACUUAAACAGAAAAUUAAGAACAUAUUACAAUUAGAAAAUGCCAAAUCUGAAUAGUUGUACAAACUCGGAAAAGGAAAAUGCACAAGAAAAGCACAAGAAAAGCACACAUGACAGUGGCAAACCAAACCUAAAAAUAUUCAAAAAUGCUACUGCAAAAGCAAUAAAUCCAUGUUCAAAAGAGCAAAACUCAAAAUGGGUCAGGCAUCGAGGAGUUCAUCCAUACAACAAGCAAACAAACAGCCCACAAAAUAACACUGCACCGCGAGCGCAAGUGAAGCUCCCAGCGAUGUCGAGGCACUCACACGACACACAAUCCCGGUCGCCUUUGGAGCGGGGAUGCGGCACCUCGAUGUUGCUGUUAUCAUCGCCAUUGCAUCACCUGCACAACAAUACCCUUUAGUCCACCACGCAUGCCCGACUAGUGGUUGGAGACCACUGUUCCGAUAAGGGCAACGACUGUUUCAGGCGCAUUCAUCUCAACUUGGAAGUAAUCAGGCCGCACUACACUAACCGAUUGAUCGAUCUUUGUAGAAUGGAUAGUCACUAUGCUUCAUUUGUCCUCAAUGCGUGUGGUUAAAAUGAUUGACUGUCCGGGUGAUGUGAAGUAGAGGCGCAUCUUGCGUCGAGAACAGCAUAGUCUGUACAUUUCCUACCAACUGGUAAAGACUCAACCUGCUUAUCGAGGAUCUUUAGCUUACUUGUCACUCUCAGGGAACUCCUCUGUCAGCAACGACGACGGAUGCCGUCGAUCAGGGAAAUCGGCGAGAGGUAGCCGUGGACCAUGAGACACGCUCAUGUCAACCGAUUCGCUCGACAGUCUCCUCGGCGAUGUAUAUAGGGCGAUCCGACUUCAAUUUGAAAUGGAGCCCUGACAUUUCUGUGGAUUGCGCAUGUCAACUUAGCUUUAUGCCAGUUUGUUCUUUGGCGUAAAAUUCUUUGAUGUAGCUGAACAAUCUGUCGCAUUGAUAACGUUCAUGGCUACCCUAGGAGGGAUUGUGUUUGUGGCGGCUCUUAUCGUGGUUGCCAUGGAGCCUGUGCUCACGGCGAGUGCCACGAUUGGGAUCGCUAUUGGAGUAGUUGGGAAUGACUUGCCGUCCUAAACCGCGAUCGUUCAACUGUUGAGAUCCCGCGCAGUGACGAAUGUGAGAAUUUACAAUGCCGAUCGAGAAAUGCUGACCGCUUUCAAAAACUCCAGCAUCAUAGUCACUGUGGCAGUUCCGAACUAUUCUGUGGGGACCUUCGCCAGCAGCCCGGAAGCGGCCUUGAACUGGAUCAACACCAAUGUCAAGCCAUUCGCUAGAGUAGGAAACGAGUGGCUGCAUCAGGGCCGAGACGUGUCCAUACUUCUGUCUGCGAUGCAGAAUACUCAUGCGUCGCUAGUGGCGCUCAGCCUCAACAUCAAAGUGACAACACCCCACGCCUCCGACGCCACAGGCUUUCCCCCAUCGGAGGGAAAGUUCCCGAAACCAGACGCCAUGAAACGUAUCCUCCAAUUUCUCAAGGAAAAGAAUUCUGCUUUCAUGUUGAACGUCUACCCAUUCUUCGCUUACACACUUAAUGCUGCCAUAGAUAGGAACUACGCGGUCUUCAAUCCAAACAACAAACCUGUGAUAGAUAUGGGAAGGACAUACACGAACUUGUUCGACGCCCUGGUGGACACUCACAGGAGCGCUAUGGCCACUCUUGGCUACCCCGAUUUUCCUCUGGUCAUUGGGGAGUCCGGAUGGCCAAGUGCCGGAAGCAACGCUCGUGGAGUCAACAUCCAGGAUGCGCAGACAUACAACAACAACUUGGUGAAGCAUGUGCUGAGCAACAAAGGCACUCCGAUGCGUCCCAACGUCAGAAUGCCGACGUAUAUCUUCGCGCUCUUCAACGAGAACUUGAAAGGUGGUGGGAUCGAGAACAACUGGGGUUUGUACCACCCCAACAUGACUCCAGUCUACAGUAUCAAUCUAUCCGUUUAGGACCUCUAUCGAUGAUUCUUAGAGAUUCUGCAACAUUCGGCAGACAUUGGUUGUUUAGUUGGGGCCAUGUGCAGCCAAUGACAAUGAAUUCUCGGAGUCAGUCCUAGACCGCAACCGAGAACUGUCAUUUGCGAUCGGAUGCGGUUCGGAUUAGGAAGUCGAGGCAGUGCUGUAGAACUUUUCAAAGAGCUGAAAAGUGGUUUGAUAAUGAACAAAAUGUUCGAUGGUAACUUCAACGGUGUGAAUAAAGUUGGUUGUGUA